AUCGACGCUUGAAAAGAUUUGGGCCGGUCACGCAGAAAAACAACUCGGAAAUAGACCAAAGACAAAAUCAGAACGUAAUAAAUGUCCGCGACAACUCAAGCCACGUACCUCGUACCAUGCCAGCGUAGUAUCAAAGCCUUCUCAAAGCUACUCAGGCUCGGCGGAAUGCAAUUUCUUCGGCCUCUCCCAAGUGUCGCACGUGGCAAACUUCCAGUAUUCGGAAUUCCAGUGGGUGAAUACAUGCAUCAUCACCAAUUUUGCCGCCUUCGGCGCCGGUGGGAAUGCAGCAUGCAUACCAUUCUCGUGUGUAACGUCGUGCUUGCAAAAGAAGAGCGGCAGUCGCACCACGCCAGACUUGUCCCCGAUGAAGCUCUUGCACUCGCCCUACUACACGCGGGGCGAUUGGAGGUAGAUGCUGUUGAAGCUACGGACGAUGCAAUUGUGCACGAGCGCCAUGCUGGAAGCCACAUUGGUGAGCUGGUCUGUCGCGCCGGUUUGGAAGAGAGGCGUUGGAAGGAGGGCGAGGGAACCGGUGACAGCCCAGUUGUAUUACGUUUUCGGUUCGUUGGGCAUAUUGUGGUUCCCUUUUCGCGUUUCGGAUUUGUUGGUAGGGUAGACGUUGAAGCUCAACUCAAUACGUAGGAUAAUUUUAUAUCAAUUAGAAGAUGGAACUAAACUGCACUGCUUUGCAAUCUCCUCAUGCAACCUGCCCAAUGGAUCCAUCUGUCGCUGACAUUGAACUGUCUUAUGUAUCAGCGAUAUGGUUGUCGGUGCCGUUGCAACAGAAAGAGAGCAAAACGGGGAAGUAGGUGAGUCAGUCGUAGGAGCAGUGCCAGGGGUAUUGGGCGAAAUUUCUUCCGCACUUGGUUCCAAUAGUCUAUCCUC